AUGAGUCGUCCAAUUAAUGUGGAUCCGAUAGCGUCUGGAUCAUACGGAGCCAUUGAAUCGAGUAAAAAGUUUGAUAAACCAAAGGAUGCUGGUAAAACAGAAUUAUUUAUUGAUGAGAGGGAUUUUAGGAAGGACGAUGAUUUGGAGGAAAAUUAUAGAAUUGUUGAUGAAGGGAAGAAAAAAUCGGCAGCACGAAAGCUUUGUUUGAGUAUUGUGAAGGCUUUUGUUAUCUUGUUGCUUUUUGCAGUUUUUGUUGGUAUUGUCGUUUUGAUUGUUGAAUUGGUUGAAUUGUUCCACACAAGUCAGGUUGCUGAUUUGAAUAUUCACUUUAAAUUGAGUGCUGAAUGUGAAGCAUCUGCAAUGGAUAUCAAUAAUAUUAUUACUGGUUUGGAUAAGAAUCAACAAAUUAACUUUAAUGUUACCCAACAACCACACGUUACUUUAUACUUGACAAGAUUCCUCAGUGAAUUUACUGACACUAUUAUUUCAAGUGUCAAUCAAACAUUACUUGCUGAAAGUAAACUUUACAAUCUGACUGAUUGUACUGCCACUACCAAUACAUUUGUCAAUGUAACUGGUUCCUAUGCAUUAUGGAACAUGCCAAUUCCAGCUUGUUUACAAAGAAUGAGUGAUAUCAUUGUAAAUGCCACUUCUCAAUUUGUAGAUCCUAGAGUUAAGAACACUAUUCCAUCAUGGGUCAAUAAUUUACCAAAUGCUCUCAAGGAAGUUAAAAUCAAAAUGAUUCACUUUUAUGGAUCUCCAAAUGUUUAUUCUCAAUUCCAACCUCAUGUGACAGUUGCUCACGACGACGUCAAUCCAAAGGAAUUAGAACAUGCCUUUGCCACCUUAGGACCUGUCCAAUCAUGCUCCUUCAAGAUUAAGACCAUUGCUAUUGGCCAAACUGGCGAUUAUGGUACUGUUUUGAGAGGAAAGGACAUUGCCUCUUUUGAUCUUUCUCAAUAUUCCAAUUAA